AGUGUGGCUGUAGCCACAUGACGUGCAACUACAACACAGAACUCUUAAAGCGUGCCUUCUCUUCUCUCGUCAAGGAGUCCCACAGUUAGCACAAACAUGGGCAUAGAGGCCUGGUACAUGGACAGCUCGGAUGAAGACCAGAGGAAGCCGCACAGACAGACUCCAAACCAGCCUGUUUCCCUGGACGAAUUAAAAAAGCUUGGUGUAUUUUACUGGAAGCUGAAUGCUGAUAUCUAUGAAACAGAUCCAGAGCUGGAGCACAUCCGCAAAGACCAAGGCUACUCCUACAUGGAUAUCAUCACUAUUCACAAGGACACACUACCAAACUAUGAGGAUAAGCUGAAGAUGUUCUUUGAAGAGCACCUGCACUUGGACGAUGAGAUCCGCUACAUCCUGGACGGCCGGGCCUACUUUGAUGUCAGGGACAAGGAGGACCGAUGGAUCAGAAUUGCUAUGAACAAAGGAGACUUGAUCACCCUACCGGCAGGAAUCUACCACCGCUUCACCCUGGAUGAGACUAACUACACUAAAGCCAUGAGGCUGUUUGUGGGAGAGCCUGUAUGGAAGGCUUACAACCGCCCAGCUGAUGACUUUGACAUCCGUAAGAAGUACGUGGCUUCUCUGCAGGGAUCCUGAGGGAGAUGGCAGCACACAUCAUCAUCAUCCACAGGUUGGACUCCAUCAGGAUAUCUAAUGUGAUUCUGCCUGGCCAAUAAAGCAGGUUUUCAAAUAGGAUGUUGAAAAACAUUCUUUUGCAAAGGAGACUGAGAUCAGGAUCAGGCUAUACACUUAGUUGAUUUUAAGUGGUAAUAAACAAUGAAGCCGCCAUUUAGACAGUCUCGUGGAAAUCUAAAUUAAUCAGGUAAUUUGAAGUAUUUCUUUUUUAUGUUACUGUACACUUGUGCUUCACUACAUCUCAGAGGGAAAUACUUCUCACUUUAUCACAGCUGACAACUAUAGUUACUAAAACUAAACCAUCCAACAAUAUAUAAAGUAAUUAAAAGGAGAUCCAACUCUACCAGCUGCAUUGGAAUGCUGCUUACAAGUCAGUUAGUAAGAGGCCAUUUUGCAUAAUGAGUCCUGUUUUUGAUACAUUAGUAUACAGUACAUGCUGUUAAUACUUGGGUAUUUUUACUUAAGUAAAAUUUUGAAUGCAGAACUUUGACUUGUAAUAAUUAGCACCUUGCUGCUCUAACAUGAAGGUCUAAUUACUUCUGUCUUGAAGAAUCAAUCUGUAGUGCCUUAUUAUCCACAACUGGCUAUUUUGUAGGCUAAAUACUGUCAAACCUAGCUUCAACAGCAUGUUAGAAAAAUGAAUUAUCCAACCAACCAGGAUUAUUCUCUAUUAUCAUAUUGUAACAUCUCUAGUUCAUUAGCUGGUCAUGUCUGAAUGUGAGUGAGGUGCUGCAGACCUUUUAUUGAACUGAAAAUAAAACUGCUGCUAAUUUCAA